GCGAGCUGCCCGCCUGGCCGCCGCGCUGCCUGCCUGACUUGCCGCCUGCUGGCGGAGCGUUCAGUAGCGUGCGUGCUUUGGAGUGCGGAGGCCGUGCCGUGCCGUGCGUUUGAGGCUUACGAGUGCAGUGCACAGUGCCGUGUUUGAGUGAAUAUCCCGAGUGAAGCUCAUCAUGGCCAGCGAGGAGAACAACGUGACUGCCGAGUCCAAGGCGGCGGAGCCCGCCAAACCCGCCGAGGCUCCCCAGGAUAACAAGGCCGAGGUGGAGGCGGCUCCGGCCGCGGCUCCCGCCGCCACCGAGGAAGCCAAGAAGGAGGAGGAGGCCAAGGAGGAAAAGAAGGAGGAGGAGGCCGCUCCCCCGGCGCCCCCCAAGCCCACCGUGCACAAGCCCAACUUCGAACAAGAUGUGGUUUACCUUUACCAGUUCUCACGUACCCCGGUCCUGCCUUCACUCUCAUCCUUCUGCCUCAAAGUUGAAACGUGGCUCCGAUUGGCUGGAAUCAAAUACGAGAACGUGGACCACAAGUUGAAGUUCCGGUCCAAGAAGGGUCAGUUGCCCUUCAUUGAGCUGAAUGGAGAGGAGAUCGCAGACUCGUCCAUCAUCAUCAAGGAGCUGGCGGAGCGCUUUGAGAAGGAUCUGGACAAGGACCUCGACAACGAACAGAAGAACGUCGCAUACGCCCUCACGUCAAUGAUCGAGAACCACCUCCUCUGGGUUGUGAUGUGGUGGCGAACCAAGUUCACCGACGACGUCAUCAAGGGCUACCACGUGAGCCUACAACACCAACUCGGCUCCAAGAUCCCCAACGGCAUCCUCAACUUCUUCUUCAAGUUCACAUACGGCCGCAAGGGCGCCAAGAAGGUCAAGGCGCAGGGUAUGGGCGUGCACAAGGCGGAGGAGAUCAGCGAGUUUGGCAGGAGAGAUCUCAAGGUUCUCUCGGAACAGCUCGGCGAUAAGCCGUUCUUCUUUGGCGAUGAGCCCACCUCGCUGGACGUGGUGGCGUUCGCCAACCUGGCCCAGGUGUACUUCAUCGACAAGGAAGUCAACUACCCCCUCCGCGAUUUCAUGCAAGAAAACUGUGCAAACCUAGUGGGUCUUGUCAACAGGAUGAAGGAAAGGUGUUUCCCUGAUUGGGAAGACAUGUGCACCAACUUAGACAUGAAUUCACAUCUACCCAAGCCUCCCCCAGAAGAGAAGGAAGAGAAGAAGGAAGGCAAGGAGGAGAAGGGCGAGAAGGAGGGUGAUAAGGAAAACGAGAAGGACAAGGAGAUUGAAAAGGAAAAAGAAAUUGAAAAGUUGGAAAAGGAUGACAAAGAAGCAGAAAAAGUAAUUGAUGAAAAUAAAUCUAAAGAAGAAAAGGAAGCAGCCAAGUGAAUUGGUGGUUAUUGAGCCAUAAAGCACAACCAACUUUUUAUACAUUCAUUUCCUUCCUUGUUUUUUAAAAUUGUGAAUUGUUUCAUUAGUGAAUGUUUUAUACCUCUUUUGUUUUUCUACGCUAUUUCUAAAAGAGAAUCAACUUAAGGCUGACAUUUCUGCACUAUGUGUAGGAGUCGCCUAAUAUUUUAUGGACUGACAGUUUGUAAUGUUUUUCUUUUAUGAUAUUUUUUAAAAAUUGACUUGAGUAGGUCCAGGAAGGAAGUGAAAGAUUUUGCGGCGCUGAAUGUUGGCGGCUGGACUGCUCAAUGAUUGCGGAUGUUGCUCAGAUUGUGGAGCAUUGUCCCGUUUGGCUGCUUUGGGGAUGCACGCUGCUGUGUUGUUGUAGACUGCUCUCCCUGUUGGAUGUCAUGUCUGCUGGGGCGCGUGUGUAACAUAUUGUACAUGGGUCACUAGUUGUUUUGGGACCAGCUGUGAAUACUUAAAAGCAAACAUCACUGCAGCCAAACAUGUUAAAAGUAAACAACCUAUGUACCUAAAGAAAAAAGUCAUCUCACAUUCUUUCACAUUUCCAUAUUGCAUCUCUUAUUCAUGUGUAGUGCAGCCACGUACUGCAUGCAUGACUCGUGACCAAAGAGGCACUUCAGUGACAUAUUGUGCAUCAGAUGCUGUCACGUGCUAUAUGAAUGUUUGUGCUAAUGUAAUUUUUCCACAUGACUGCAAUUGUGACCCUUUUUGACACAGCUGGGAGCUCCACUUCAGCUGUGACAAAGAUGUUUGUAUAUUAUAAUAUACUGUAUUAGUGAAAUUUGACUUGUUCCUUCCCCAAUCGUUGCUGCUUCUCAUCCCCAUCCCUCCCAUGUCCCUCCCAAGUUUUCCUUCCCCAGACCCCAUCCCCCUUUUAUUAAUAUCCGCUUGUUUGUCAUUGUAGACAUAGUUGUAUACUUCUAAUGUUUUAUUGAGUAUAUCGAAUGUCAAAGCAAGUGAAACGUAUGGCUUUGUCAGUAUGUGAGCGGAUGAAGAUUAUAAAUAUAUAUAUAUAAAUAUAUAAAUAAAUAACUAUAUGCGUGA